UAACUGUUGAUCUGGCCACUCGAAACCCUUUCCGUGAAGGGUUUUUGUUGUAUUGUUUGUUGAAAAGUUAAACAAAGAAUAUAUAGUGACCGGAGAAUCGUAUUUCAGGAACGGCAGCUUCAACCAUAUUUCCAUUUAAGCCAUGCCCGAAACACUGGACUGCACCCUAGAUGUUAUACAAGAAUAUUUUGCGAAGUUGAAUCCUAUAGCCGAACGAAUUUACCAUGACAUUAACGACACCAAAUUAAAUUAUGGCAAGUUGUGGGAAAGUCUUAGCACCAAAGAACAAAGUGACAUUAUAAAUGAUACCUUAAUAAAGCCGGAAAUAUCAUUGCGCUACUUCGAUAAUUUCCCCACACCCACACAAUCAAAUUCUACAAAAAGUCAGACGUCGACUGAUUCCUUGGCAGCAAUAGUUUUGAAUGACUUUAGUAAGCAUCAGAACAAUGAGGAUAGUGAUAGAAUUCGGCUUCCCAGUAAACAGUUUGAAGCGAAAUAUAGCGCUAAUGAAGGGUAUGCUUUCGAUGGCAGAGAUUUAAGAACAUUUUCAAUACAACAGGUUGCUCUCAAGAUAAUACAUGAUGAAGCUCUUGGCAGCUUUCGCGAUGAGUAUUCGCGGCCCUUUAGCUACAGAACAAAAUCGCAAAUAAAUUUGCAUUUAUUUCCAAGUAACGCUGCAGACUCCAAAGCAUCUGGUCUAUUUCAACGGAACGCUCUACCGAUGGGAAAGGAUACUAAGCAAGAACCAAUGGAUGCGGAAUCCAAGAAAGCUUUACUUAAUUAUCAACGUCUUCAAUGUGAACUGAAGAAAAGCCUAAACCAGAAUUUACAAAAAUGUCGUCCGGGCGAUCAGAAAACUUCAAAUGUUAGCAGUAUUAAGCCCAGCAGUAUAUCAAGUCCUCCAAUAGAUAUUGCAAAAUCGCGUAAAGCUAGUUUAAAAUUAGAGACUGCGGUCUCUAAUGAUAAGGAAAAGCAAAGUUCCACAAAAUUAAAACCCAAUAACAAAUCGGCAUCUUCGAUAAUGCAGGUAUUUUUAAACACUAAUAAUAGUUCCGCUCCAACAUCUUCUAGUGUUGUAAAUUAUGCUGUUUAUUCCGAUUCAUUUUUGGAUGGCGAAGAGAACACUAAUCUAAUGCAAAACUGCGGUCGAAACGAAUUUAUGUCGGCUUCCUCGUCAUCUGCAGCCACCUCAGAAGACGACGAAUAUGAUGGUAGAGCCGACAAGACAUUAGACUCAGAGGAAGUAUUCCUUCUUGAUAGGGAUCUAAAUAUGCGAAAAGGUUUCGAUUUUCUUAACAAUUGGUAAUGAUUUACAUUUGUAUGUUUUUCUAUUGUUAAGAAAUAUGACGAGAGUAAAUUUCUCCAUAACUUCAUGGGUCAAGAAUCCCCAAUUUAUAAAACAACAUUAUAUAUAUAUGGCUUAUAAUCCUUGUAAUUGAGUAUUGAUUUUAUAAUUUUUUUUCUAUCUUUAUUACUUAUUGCAAACUUAAGUUUUUGACCUUUUUCAAUGCAUAUGCAUUUUGCAAUUUUUUUUAAAAUUUUGUUUUUUAUUUGCAAAAACAAUAAAAUUUUUUUCAAAGUAAAAC